AUGCCUUUCCUUGACCACCUCCUCACCUACAAGAUCACAGCUUACAACACUAGGCACCAAAGAGGAAGAAAGCUUAGUGUUGGAGGGCUCAUCACACCUAUCUUGUGUGCUGCUGGAGUAAACCCAACUGAUAGGAGAGCUACUGAACCAGAGGAGCCUGAGCUCGAUCGAGUUGAGUCUGAGCUGAUCGAGCUGAGGAUCGAGCUGAAAUCAGGUCCAGGGAGCGCUGACUUGGGUGAGCCUGAGUGCUACUACUUUGAGGAGUAUGAGGCUCCAAGGAUGAACCCCUCUGUUGUGGCUGCCCACAAGAGGAUUGGACUUCUCCAAAAGUUCAACAAAGUGGCAAGGGAAAGCCAUGAGAAGAUGCAAAAGUCCAUGGACAAGAUGGUGAGCAAGAUCAAAAGUUUGGAGAAGAAGGUUUCUGGUUCUUCAAGCAAGAAGAAGUCCAAGGCCCCCACUUUCCCUAGGAGUAGUCACUCCUCACCACCCAAGAAGGCUCCCUGCCCAAGAGCCUCACAGAGCCUCUUCUUUCGAGCCAAGGAGAAGGAGAGACAACACGCAGAGAAGGAGGAAGAGUUCCAAGGCCAGACGCUCCAGCUCGACCACCGGACUCGAUCGAUACCAGGACUUCUCUCAGAGCUGGACUCCCUACAACCGCUUCGAGCGAGCACAAGCUCCACCAAGGCCAAGGAAGCCACACCCACUUUGAAGAUGAAGAAGAGAGGAGAGGAGCCACAAGCUCGAUCGAGUGAGCCGAACCCAGUUGAGUGGAGUGCUCCUGAUGGCCGUCUCCCAUCUCCAGACCACGACCUAGCCUCCCAGUUCUUUGGGGGCACUGAGGUCUUUUGGAGCAUUCUGGAGCAUAUGGGACAUAAGGAGCAUGGAGGGACUUGGCGCAUGGAAGCAGCUCAACUGGACACGCAAAGGAAGAAGGGAGAAGCCAUCUUGAAGACCAGCUCGACCGUCUACUCGACCAACCGGUCGAGUUCCUCAACUCGACCGGCCAAGCUUCAACUCGAUCGAGCUGGGGAGUCAAAGUCAAACCCGAAAAAUGUUGCUUCCCCCUUGACUUUCCUUUGA